GUGAACUUCACCGUCAGCACCGAGGCUCUGCACACCGAGGAGCUGUGCGGCACAGAGCUGGCCGUGGUGCCGGCCCAGGGGAGAGUGCACACUGUGAUAAAGCCCCUGCUGGUCCAGCCAGGGGGGAUCCUGGAGGAGAAGGCGCACAGCUCCCUGCUCUGCCAGGAAGCGUCCGAAGAAAUCUACUUGCAGCUGCCUGCGAACGUCCUGGCAGGAUCCGAACGGGCCCACGUGACUGUGCUGGGAGACAUAAUGGGCACGGCUCUGCAGAACAUAGACCGUCUGCUGGCCAUGCCUGAUGGCAAUGGAGAACAGAACAUGGUCCAGUUCACUCCCAACAUCUACAUCCAGCAGUACCUGGAGAAGAGCGGGCAGCUGAGCCCGGAGAUCAGAGACAAGGCCCAGGGAUUCCUCCAGAGCGGCUACCAGUGCGAGCUGCUCUAUAAACACAACGAUGGCUCUUACAGCGCCUCUGGGGAGAGCAACGCCAAGGGCAACACCUGACUGACGGCCUUCGUUCUCAAGUCCUUUGGCCAGGCCAGACCCUACAUCUCCAUCGACGAGAAGCACCUAGAGGACGCCCUAAGGUGGCUGCAGCGCCGCCAGCAGAAGACCGGCUGCUUCCGCAGUGUGGGGAAGCUGUUGAACCACACCCUGCAGGGUGGCGUGGUGGACGAGCUCUCUCUCUCGGCUUACAUCACGGUGGUGCUGCUGGAGCUGGGGCAGCCACUCACGGACCCCAUGGUGACCAGGGCCCUCCAGUGCCUCCGGGAGUCGAGCACCAGCGACCUCUACACGCAGGCACUGCUGGCCUACGCCUUCGGGCUGGCGGGGAGCACUGAGCUGCAGGACGCCCUUCUGCAGAGCCUGGCCCAGCACAGCGUCAGCGCCGGGGGACAGCUGCACUGGCAGAGGAAGGUGAAGGCCCUGCCCAGCCCCUAUUGGAACCAGGCCCCGUCGGCGGAGGUGGAGAUGACGGCUUAUGUGCUCCUGGCCUAUCUCGCCCUGCCCAACGUGUCUGCUGCCGACAUGGCGACCGCCACCCAGAUCGUCCGCUGGCUCAGCAAGCAGCAGAACCUCUACGGGGACUUCGCCUCGACGCAGGACAUGGUGGUGGCCCUGCAGGCCCAGGCCAAAUACGCGGCCCUGACGUACAGCGCGAGCAUGGCUGUGUCGGUGACAGUGAGCUCCCAGGCCGGGGCCCGGCAGCAAUUCCACGUGGAGAACGCCAACCGGCUGGUGCUGCAGCGAGCGGCCCUGCAGGAGAUCCCCGGGCAGUACACGGUGCGGGCCAGCGGCAAGGGCUGUGUCUUUGUGCAGCUGACUCUGCGCUACAAUGUGCCGCCCCCAAAGAGUGCCAUGACCUUUGACCUGCGGGUGGAGACGGAGCCGAAGGAGUGCACCGAGAGCGCCAGAUCCCACUUCAGCCUCGUGCUGCAUGCCCGGUACAGCGGGGAGCGCCCAGCCUCCAACAUGGCCAUCAUCGAGGCCAAGCUGCCGUCCGGCUACACCCCCGUCAAGAGCUCCCUGCGGCAGCUGGAGAAGCAGCGUUUGGUGAAGAGGCUGGAGGUGCAGAACGACCAGGUGAUGCUCUAUCUGGACCAGCUGACAAAGGAGGCGGCGAGUUUCACCUUCUCCCUGGAGCAGGAUUUCCCGGUGAAGAAUCUCAGAGCAGCCCCAGUGAGACUGUAUGAUUACUACGAGACGGGUGAACACACAGAGGCUGAGUACAGCGCCCCCUGCGGCUCAGCCCCUGAUGCUGACACGAUGGAAAAUUCCCGCUGA